UCACCAAAGGUCCUUUAUCCCCCUAGGAUCUAGGCUGCCACAUCUCCCGUGUCAGCCGGCUGUCGCCCGUGCGUUCCUGGAGCAGCUGUGAUCGGUGUGCAGCACCAGUUCUGCCGACGCCAUGGACUGUGAGACGAUGGAGAAUGACAUUCUGGAGGCGCUGGAAGAUUUGGGGUACAAAGGAUCCCUGAUGGAUGAGGGAGCCUUGAUCCAAGCUGCUUCACAAGGAUCUCUUUCCCCAGAAUACACCAAGCUCUGUGCAUGGCUUGUGUCCGAGCUAAAGUUGUUCUGCAAAUUGGAAGAAAAUGUAGAAGCCACUAAUAGCCCUGCCGAAGCAGAAGGGUUUCAGUUAGAGAUGAGCGGUCUGUUGACGGAGAUGAACUGCCCGUAUGUGUCUUUGACAUCUGGAGAUGUCAACAAACGCCUCCUUGAUAAGCAGAACUGUCUACUCCUACUAACAUAUUUGAUAUCAGAACUUGAAGCUGCAAGAAUGUUGUGUGUAAAUAUACCGGCCAAAAAAGAGCAAGAUGGCGGCAGCGAUGUAUUCAAGGAACUGAAGUCUAUAUGCAUGACCCUGGGCAUGUCCAAACCUCCAGCCAAUAUAACUAUGUUCCAGUUUUUCAGUGGAAUUGAGAAAAAAUUAAAAGAAACUUUAGCAAAAGUGCCACCUAAUCACCUAGGAAAGCCUCUACUGGGCAAGACCUUGGGGCCAUCUCACUGGGAGAAAAUUGAAGCAAUUAAUCAAGCCAUAACCAAUGAAUAUGAUGUCCGGAGGAAAAUGUUAGUUAAACGUCUGGAUGUGACAGUCCAGUCAUUUGGCUGGUCAGACCGGGCAAAGAGUCAUGCUGAAAAGCUGGCAAAGGUUUACCAGCCCAAGCGUGCGGCCUUAUCAAGUAUAAGCUCCAUUUCUGUUGCGCAUCUGUUGGCAGCCCGGCACGAUCUUUCGAAAAUCUUGAGAACUAGCAGCGGUUCAAUAAGGGAGAAAACUGCUUGUGCCAUUAAUAAGGUAUUAAUGGGAAGAGUUCCUGAUAGAGGUGGCCGACCAAAUGAAAUAGAGGCCCCUCCCCCAGAAAUGCCUCCUUGGCAGAAGAGACAAGAUGGACCUUCACAAGGUGGUAGAGGUGGAGGACGAGGUGGUUAUGAACAGUCUUACAGUGGUCGAGGCGGCUAUGAACAUGGUGGAGGCCGAGGCGGCUAUGAACAUGGUGGAGGCCGAGGCGGCUAUGAACAUGGAGGAGGUCGAGGCGGCUAUGAACAUGGAGGAGGUCGAGGCGGCUAUGAACAUGGAGGAGGUCGAGGCGGCUAUGAACAUGGUGGAGGUCGGGGCGGCUAUGAACAUGGUGGAGGUCGGGGCGGUUAUGAACAUGGUGGUGGGCGAGGGGGAGGACGUGGAGGCUAUGAUCAAGGUGGUAACAGAGGUGGCAGAGGAAGCAAAGUUCAAGGAGGCUGGACAGAUGGUGGUGGCAGUAAUACUGGUGGACACUAUCAAGAUAGUGGCUUUAGAGAUUCUGGAUUUCAAACUGGGGGCUACCAAGGUGGUGGCUAUCAAGGAAGCAGUGGUGGUUACCAAAGUUCAGGUGGCUACCAAGGAGGAGGAGGAUAUAGUGGCUACCAAGGCUCAUCCUACUCUGGAGGUGGAUUUCAGGGUGGAGGCUAUCAACAAGACAACAGAUAUCAAGAUGGUGGCAAUCAGAAUGAUCGAGGUGGUGGCCGUGGAGGUGGCAGAGGAGGGCGGGGUGGCCGUGGUGGAAGAGGAGCACAUGGUGGUGGUUGGGGUGGUCGGGGAGCACAGAGCUAUAACCAAGGGGGGCAGUUUGAGCAGCACUUUCAACAAGGAGGCUAUCAAUAUAAUCAGUCUGGUUUUGGACAAGGAAGGCAGUACACCAGUUGAGAUUAUUCCAGCUAUGAUUAUAGUAGAGCUCAGGUAAUAAGAGUGAUACUGAUCAGAAAAGAUGUUUUGGUUUGUUUGUUUGUUUUUUUUCGUUUGGGUUAUGCCAGCUGUUCAAAAAUAAAAUCCUUGUUCCUGAAAA